AUGACAGCUCAACACGAGCAACAGCCGUUAUACAACCAACAUGAACUAUCUCAACAGCUAAAUUAUUACUACACAAAAACCGACAAACUCGACAACAAUACCGACAUAGAAAUCGACAGAAUGUUCGACAAUGGUGCUGUCGGUAAUAUGGCGGGUAAUUUUUUUGAAAAUUUUGGCGGGAAAAAAGAAGGUAACGUAUUGAUGUUGCGCAAUAUUUCUCGUCGCGAUGCUGGGGUGUACGUUUGCAGGGCCAGCAAUGAUAUACCGCCAAAUGAUUACAAGGCUGUUAAUAUUACUGUCCAAUAUCGGCCCUAUGUUACACCCGCAAUAAAAAAAUUGGGCCAGACUCUCAACAGAGAGGUUAUCAUGGACUGUCACGUGAUUGCAUAUCCCUAUGCCAAUGUGACCUGGAUUAAUCCCAUUGGUCAGAAUGCAAUUCCAUCGUCAGAAAGCAGAAUGACGUCAGAGUUAUUUGACCAAUCAGGUGAUUCUUUUACUAUGCGCUUGUCAAUAAAAAGUGUGCAGCUGGGUGAUUUUGGGAUUUAUCGGUGCUGUGCCAGAAAUAAAGUCGGCCAGGGAUGUGCCUGUGUUCAAAUUUACGAAUAUAACAAGUUACUAAAAAACAACAACGAAAUAAUCACAGACAACAACAACAACAACAUCAAUUACGUCAUCAACAAUAAUAAAGAUUAUAUAAUCAACAACAGCCUAAACAAACAUUACAACAACAACAUUAACAACAACGGCUAUGACAUCAUUAACAACAACAACAACAUCAACAUUGACAAGUACGUCAGUUUCGUUAGCAACAAAUUUAUCAACAACAACAACAACAUCAACAACAACAACGACGACGACGAUAAUGACGUCAUCAACAACAACAACAGGAAAGCAUAUUACGCUAACCUCAAAAAUCACUAUAUAAUAAAUGACUUCCGAAAUAUUAAUAAAGGUAACAACUGCAGUGAUGAUGACAGCGAGGAUGAUGAUGAUGAUGAUGAAGACGACGACGAUGAUGAUGAUUUAUAA